GCUGUAGAUAUGGCUCUAGGUUGCAAAAUCCUCCAAACAACAAUCUAGUUUGCAAAGCUGAGAUCAGUGAAGUCUCUGGUGGAAGAAUUCGCCCGUGUGCAUUUCAAAAACUGCUAAAUCCUUGGCCUAGGCUAGGCGGCACUUUUUAUUAACAAAACGUGCUUGUGUGUGGACGAGAUAACAAGAAGUAGAGCAUGAGGGUGCAGUAGAUUAGGAAAGAGUAACUGCACAGCGCCUUAAAGAUUAACACGUUUAUUGCCGCAUAAGCUACACACACUUUGACUUUUAUCCAGGAGCUGGAACUUCCAGAACAACGUGGAUGGGUUUUUUUCAAGCCUAAGAGCCGUAAACAGCAGACGGCUUCCCUAGCCCGUAACGCGCAGACGCGGCAACGCGCCUCUUCCUUGUCUCCCGCCGCUCCGCACGCGCGACAUGCGCACUGUAAGCUUCAGUCCCGGAGCUCUUUGAAUGGACGGCUCUUCCCCAUCUCUCUCGCACAUUAGAGUAAGGCUCGCAAAGGUUGUUGGGAAUGCGAAGAGGGCUGAGGAAACCUAUAAACGGCGAGUGGAAAAAGGUUAUCACGGGUGGAUUAUGGGUGUCAGUCACUCACUUUCUUUGUGACUGUCAUGGCUUGUCCAAGCAAGAGUGAGUUCCCUUUCUUGGCAGACAGGCAUGCUCGUCUUAUACUAGCCCAGAUCAACAAGAUGAGGUGUGGGCAGCAUUUCUGUGAUGUGCAGGUGCAGGUUGGUGAAGAAGCAUUUAAAGUCCACCGGCUUGUCUUGGCGGCAAGCAGCCCUUACUUUGCAGCUCUGUUUGCGGGAGGGAUGAAAGAGUCUUCAAAGGAUGUUGUGCGGAUCCUGGGUGUCGAAGCUGACAUAUUUCAGAUUCUUCUGGACUUUAUUUACACAGGCAUCAUCAGCAUUGGUGAGAAUAAUGUCCAAGAGUUGAUUGUGGCAGCAGACAUGUUUCAGCUCACAGAAGUGGUGGACCUUUGCUGUGAAUUUCUAAAAGGGCAGAUUGAUCCCACCAAUUGCAUUGGACUUUUCCAGUUUUCUGAGCAAAUUGCGUGUCUUGAUCUGCUAGAAUUCACAGAGAAUUACAUCCAUGCCCAUUUCUUGGACAUCCAAAAUGGAGAAGAAUUCCUGGCCCUGACAAAAGAUCAACUCAUUAAGAUCUUGAGAAGUGAGGAGCUGAGCAUAGAAGAUGAAUACCAGGUUUUUACAGCUGCAAUGCAAUGGAUUCUGAAGGACCUGGGGAGAAGAAAGAAACAUGUGGUAGAAGUACUAGAUACAGUUCGAUUUCCUUUACUACCCCCACAAAGACUGUUGAAGUACAUAGAAGGUGUUUCUGAUUUCAGUCUUCGAGUGGCCCUUCAAACCCUGUUAAAAGAAUACUGUGAAGUGUGUAAAUCUCCUAAAGAGAGCAAAGUUAGCAGUUUCCUGCAGGCAGUGAAGACGCGUCCACGGAGAAAAGCAAGGAAGUACCUUUAUGCAGUAGGUGGAUAUACUCGCCUGCAGGGAGGCCGUUGGACUGACAGCAGAGCUCUCAGCUGUGUAGAACGUUUUGAUACUUUCAGCCAGUACUGGACUACUGUGUCUUCCCUGCACCAGGCUCGCAGUGGGCUUGGAGUGGCAGUGGUAGGAGGAAUGGUCUAUGCUAUCGGAGGUGAGAAGGACUCCAUGAUCUUUGACUGCACAGAAUGCUAUGAUCCUAUUACCAAGCAGUGGGCGGCUGUAGCUUCCAUGAACCAUCCUCGCUGUGGGCUAGGAGUAUGUGCCUGUUAUGGGGCCAUCUACGCUUUUGGAGGUUGGAUUGGAGCAGAGAUUGGCUCUUCAAUUGAACGUUUUGAUCCUGAAGAAAAUAGCUGGGAGGUAGUAGGCAGCAUGGCAGUGCCACGCUACAAUUUUGGGUGCUGUGAAAUGCAAGGAGAAAUGGGUGGAAGUUGCUUCAAUGAAGGCCCCAAGAGCCGGCGUAUGCGUUGUAGCUGUGAACGGCCUCCUUUAUGCCACAGGAGGCAGGACUGCUAGCUAUGAUUCAGCUGCUCCAGUAACCUCAGAUUCUGUUGAGGUUUAUAACCCACAUUUGGAUACUUGGACUGAAAUUGCUAACAUGAUUACCAGCCGUUGUGAGGGAGGUGUGGCAGUGCUUUGAAGAAGACAGUGCUUUUCAAUGAAGAUUGUGGAGUAAAUAAGCAUUUUAGAGAUGGUGGAGAUUCGGGCUCCUUCUAAGGAAAAGGAAUCAGUCUGAAGUCAGAGGAGGGAUAGACUUCAGAAAUGUGUCCAAAUGUUCCCUGCAGAUACUACUAACUCUACUGAAGUCCUUGUGCUUUUCUGUGGAGUACAGGAAUGUUCUUAAGUAAUUUUAAAGCAGUAGAAACACUUGGAUGCCUGCCAGGAAAAUCUCUCCUAUUUGCCAUAUUUUAAGAGACAAUCCAUGAGAGUUUGGGCUUGCUCUUUUUGAAGUGAUGCAAAGCAAAUGUUAAUCUAGCCAUGCCACUUCUUAAGGUAAUUCCUAAACAGUGGGGCUUUAUCCUUAUGAAAGCCCACCAAAUACUUUCUUAUGCAACUUCCCUCAGCUGCAUAAAUUUUGCCUGGAGAAGAUGGACAAAAUAAGGACAAUUGAGCUAUUUGCUUUAAAAUAUAUUUGGGGUCUUUGUGUUCAGUUUCUGAAUAUCUUUAGAAGUAAACUGGAGAUUGAAUUUUAGAACAAAACACUCAUGCUUUCUGCAGAAGGAAGGGACAAGGUAACAGGCAAGAACAAGUACCUCUUGUUCUUUCCUCAUAAAGAUUCUUUUUUAAUGUCUUUACUACUGAAAUAUAGUAACUUGCUUCCAUAUGAGCAGCAAGAACCUACCCUUGAUUAUGGGCAGCUUUUCCCCCCACCUACACACACCCCUACAUAAUUAUUUAAACUGAGUGAUAAUACAUCACCACCUAGAGAUGUUUAUAUCAGGUAGUGAUGAUAGAUAAAUAAUUCGAUGGACUUAUAGGUUACUUUAAAACAAAACAAUCUUUAUUUUCCCUUACUUCAAAUGGAUCCACCUCUCAUGUUGUGCUUCCAUGUUGAAGCUGAAAUAAAAAUAUGCUUUCAUUCUAUCCAGAGUUUAAAGUAAUAGCACUGAUGGGUGUUUGAAUCUAGUUGGAUAGGACAGGGAAGUGAAAGUAAGAAGGGUGAUUAUUUGAGAUCGGAAGGUAGGUUCAGCUGUGCACUUGGCACAACUUCAAAGCCUUUCCUCUCUCUGCAUGUUGGUCCAUGCACUGAGUUAAUGCCAGGGCUAGCAGCAGGGGGUUAGCCUUGGGCUGCUGCCAAGGAGCCACUCCUGAUAUUUAAGACCCCCUCUAUUCUCAUAACCUUUGUUUGGUAGUGGAGGAAUGACUCUUCCAGGGCCCAUUGAAGACAGUUUGUUGAGGACCAUCGAAACCUGGAAAUGACCGAUUAAUGCAUCUGUAUUUAUGGCUGAGUACUGUUAACAUGCCUCCAGAAACCACAGAUGAGUCUGCUUAAAGGACUGUGUUAUGGGUCCUAGUGGCACAGUGGGGAAGCAACCUGCCUAGAGAGUAGGAGGCUGUUGGUUCAAAUCUCUGCUGGUGUGUUACCUAGAAUAUGGGAAACUCCUAUAUCAGGCUGCAGCGAUAUAGGAAGGUGCUGAAGGGCAUCAUCUUAUACUGCAUGGCAGAAGGCAAUGGCAAACCACUCCUGUGUUUUACCAAGAAAACGACAUGGCUUUGUGGUCGCCAGGAGGCAACACUGACUCAAUGGCACAAUCUUUCCUUUCUGGGUACAUAUCCUGUGUUGUAUGGGCUAAUAUACAUAAGAGAAAAGUGGCAUAGGUGUGUACAGCUUAUGUCUGAAUCCUACCAUAUUUGUAAGCAUUCCCCAAUAAGAGCCUGAAACAUGUCAGUCCCUUUUAAAAUAUGUACAUAUUUCACAAAUAGUUUGAGAUUUUAGUUUUUGUUCCUAUAUUAAUCACCUUUACAUGAAAGGUACAUUGGAGAGCUUAUGGAUUUCAGUGGAACUCACUUCAAAUUAAGCAGGCUUUAGUAGCAUCAAUUUGAUUUUUGAAGCCACAUUGUUUCCUGCAAUCUACAGAAUGGCUUUUAAAAUCAAAGUAGAGCUAAAGCUGAGAUCCUAAGCAUGCUUUAUUUCUCCUUAGUAGGAAGAAUCAAGGAGCAUAGGUCUUUUUGAAAUGUAUAUAUUCAUCCACUUCAAAGGACAUCUAUCAACAAUGCAGCACAAUGGAUAGCCUAAAGAAGUACAUAUCAGGCGGUAUAGAAAUAUGUUAAAUAAAAUAUAGUGGUACA